UUGUACUUACAUAUGUUGUAAACGCCUCCUUUUGUUGUCCUCCACUUGCCUAUCGAUCAGCUUUCUUUGUGGCGGCUGCUAUAGCUUCCUUGGCCAUGGCGGGCGCCAGGAAGAAGCUGCAGGAGAGGGUGGCCCUCCGGAGAACGGCGUGGAAACUGGCCGACAUCGUAGUCCUCUUCCUCCUGCUUGCCCUCCUGGCCCGCCGCGCCGCCACGCUAGGGGACACGUCGACGACGUGGCAAUGGCCAUGGCUCGCGGCGCUCGUCUGCGAGGCCUGGUUCACCUUCGUGUGGCUCCUCACCAUCAACGGCAAGUGGAGCCCCGUCCGCUUCGACACCUUCCCCGAACACCUCCUCGAGGCCGACGACGAGCUCCCGGCGGUGGACAUGUUCGUGACCACGGCGGACCCGGCGCUGGAGCCACCGGUGAUCACGGUCAACACGGUGCUCUCGCUGCUCGCCGUCGACUACCCCGACGCCCGCAAGCUGGCGUGCUACGUCUCCGACGACGGCUGCUCCCCGGUGACGUGCUACGCGCUGAGCGAGGUCGCCGCGUUCGCCGCGCUCUGGGUGCCCUUCUGCAAGCGGCAUGCCGUCGGGGUCAGAGCCCCUUUCAUGUACUUCUCUUCCGCUCCGGAUGAGGCUGGCAGCCACGGCGCCGACUUCUUGGAAAGCUGGGCAUCCAUGAAGAGCGAGUAUGACAAGCUAGCCAGCCGAAUCGAGAACGCCGACGAGGGGUCCAUUCUGCAGGACGCCGAGUUCGCCGAGUUCGUUGGCUCCGAGCGCAGGAACCAUCCUACCAUCAUUAAGGUUCUCUGGGAUAACAGCAAGAGCAAGACAGGGGAAGGGUUCCCACAUCUCGUGUACGUCUCGAGAGAGAAGAGCCCGAGACAUUACCACAACUUCAAGGCCGGCGCCAUGAACGUUCUGACAAGGGUAUCGGCUGUGAUGACCAACGCGCCAAUCAUGCUGAACGUGGAUUGCGACAUGUUCGCCAACAAUCCAGGGGUCGCCCUGCAUGCCAUGUGUCUCCUCUUGGGGUUUGACGACGAGACCGACAGCGGGUUCGUCCAGGCGCCGCAGAAGUUCUACGGUAGCCUCAGGGAUGAUCCCUUUGGUAACCAGAUGGAGGUUUUGUUCCAGAAACUUGGAGGUGGAGUCGCUGGGAUCCAAGGCAUGUUCUACGGCGGCACCGGGUGUUUUCACCGCAGGAAAGUCAUAUACGGCACGCCACCACCAGACACCGUUAAACAUGGGACAACAGGUUCACCAUCUUACAAGGAGCUGCAAAUGAAGUUUGGGAAUUCGAAAGAAUUGAUCGACUCAUCUAGGAGCAUCAUCUCCGGAGAUGUGCUCGCUAGAACAACAGCAAAUAUGUCAAGCCGCAUCGAAAUGGCAAAACAAGUGGGCGCCUGCAACUACGAGGCUGGUACAUGUUGGGGCCAGGAGGUUGGCUGGGUCUACGGGUCUAUGACAGAAGACAUCUUGACCGGGCAGCGAAUCCAUACAACAGGUUGGAAAUCCGUGUUGAUGGACACCAACCCACCGGCGUUCCUAGGAUGCGCUCCGACCGGGGGACCAGCCAGCUUGACCCAGUUCAAGAGAUGGGCAACAGGGGUUUUGGAGAUACUCAUCAGCAAGAACAGCCCGAUCCUCGGCACCAUCUUCGGGCGCCUCCAGCUCCGGCAGUGCCUCGCUUACCUGAUUGUAGAUGUGUGGCCAGUGAGGGCGCCUUUCGAGCUGUGCUAUGCGCUAUUGGGGCCUUUCUGCCUCCUCGCAAACCAGUCCUUCUUGCCAAAGGCGUCGGAUGAAGGUUUCUAUAUCCCAGUGGCUCUGUUCUUGACCUUCCAGGUAUACUACUUGAUGGAGUACAAGGAUUGCGGGCUCUCGGCCCGUGCAUGGUGGAACAACCACAGGAUGCAACGCAUCACGUCAGCCUCCGCCUGGCUCCUUGCGUUCCUCACGGUGCUCCUCAAGACCAUGGGACUGUCCGAAACCGUGUUCGAGGUCACCCGCAAGGAGAGCAGCACAUCUGAUGGCAGUGGGAGCACCAACGAGGCUGACCCAGGGCUGUUCACCUUCGAUUCAUCGCCCGUGUUCAUCCCAGUGACGGUGCUCGCAAUCCUGAAUAUUGUCGCCAUCGCUGUCGGUGUAUGGCAUGCUGUUGUUACCGGGACGGUGAAGGGUAUUCAUGGUGGCCCAGGAAUCGGAGAAUUCCUCUAUUGUUGUUGGACGGUGCUGUGCUUCUGGCCCUUCGUGAGAGGGCUUGUUAGCAGGGGGAGGUAUGGGAUCCCGUGGAGUGUCAAGGUGAAGGCUGGUUUGAUUGUGGGUGCGCUUGUGCACUUCUGCACAAGGAACUAACGAGUGGGGCUUCAAAAUAUAUAUUGAAGCUUAAUUUAGGUUCUGCCUAGAACUAUCACUGUAACAUGUAAGAAACAGUACUGAAAGCAUAUUACCGGAAGUUUGAAGUCAACAGUUCGUGGCACGGCUA